UCAAUUUUGACAGUCGGGUCAAUGGUCAACAUGGUGUUUUCUUGUGAUUAUAUUUUGUGUCUUGAAUUGUUCUAGAGAUGCCAUGUCCUUGUUUUUCAAUUGGGGUGUGUAUAAAGUCAAAAGCCAGGCAAGUCAUUCAGUAGAUGGCAGGGACAUCAAGACAAGAGGAAGGAGUGGAUGUAGCUGCGAAUUUCACGAAUGAAUGCAAACCAGCUACAUAUACUAGUAACAUGAGUCAAAAUAAGAAGAAGUCAAUCUCCGAGGAGCUCCAGGAGGCUCAACUACAGUUCUUCAUUUACCAGACAGUGAAGGUGCAACUACAUAAACAGCUCAUAAAGGAAGAGAUAGAAACCUCAAAAACCAAACGUCUGCUGAUGAACAAGCUCAUCACCUCCAUAGAGAAUAAAGACAAAGACGAAAUUGGAAUGUUUCAGUUCCUCGUUGAUGAAUAAGAUAUUUAUUAACACCAAUUACAACAUUCAAAUUAUCCGUUCUCAGUCAUGAUAAGUAGACUAAUGUAAAAUACGUUUCCAGCAACAUCACAUGGCAAACUUAAAAAAGUGUCCCACGUGUAUAUUAAAAGUAAACUUGAGCAAGGUGAUCCCUGACCAAGAAGCCAGUCUCCCUGCCUGCAUAUGGUAUUUGUGCGUCUGCUCUAUCGUCAUUGUCAUCAUCAGGCACAUCAGGUUCUUGCAGCAUGAUGGCUAUAUUGUGGAGAACAGCACACGCUACAAUUAUUUCUGAUGCCUUGGCUGGUGUCUUUCUCAACUGAAACAUUUCACAAUGGUCAUAGCGUUUUCUGCACUGGCGUUUUGCAUACAUGUACCCCUCACCUUUUUCAUAUUUAUACAGCUUUGGUCAUGUCUAUAACGUUAAUUUCUGAAUAAAUGUAACUUUAUAAAAAAUAUACAAUAGCACAUUGCUUUGUUUACAGGUCACACAGAGUAUCAGAUG